UCCGGCGUUCGUACUUUUCAGGCAACUCACCGUCGACAUCAAUUGGUAUGGAUAAUAUCUACGAAUUUGGAGCUAAGUUGUUAUUUUCGGCGGUCGAAUGGGCCAAAAAUUUGGCCAUUUUCAAUGAACUGACCGAUACUGACCAGCUAACGCUACUUCGCGCAAGUUGGGCAGAACUGUUCGUAGUAAAUGCGGCUCAGUUCGGAAUGCCGGCACAUGUGGCGCCGCUACUCGCCGCUUCUGGACUGCACUCCACAACACCACUUCCAUCCGAACAACUCGUCGUGUUCAUGGAUCGGAUACGUAUCUUUCAGGGUCAGAUCGAACGGUUGAAAACACUGCAAAUGGAUAUAGCCGAAUUUUGCAGCCUGAAAGCGAUUAUACUAUUCAGUGUUGGUCACUUCCUUUCUGCACUCAUUUCGUAAAA